AUGCAGGGCAGCAAAGACAUGCCGACUUGCGAGGACGAUCAGUGCUACGCUCAAAUCGACUUGGAUGGAAAGGUUAUGGAGCGAGGCUGCUACCGGAAAGGAGGAGAGAUCACCUGCGCCCCGCAUAAAGGGACUGACGGCGUUAUUCGGGUGGACUGUGGGUGCGACACUGACCUGUGCAACAACUGGGAACCGGCCACCCUGAAGGCCAAAGCGGCCACCUCAUCCAUCCCCUACCACAUCGCCAUCACGCCGUCGUCGGCGCCAAGA